AAAAUCGGAUCUAAGUAUUAUUCAUCACUAUUUUGAGAUCUUAAUGUCAUUCUCCCCUGCGUUGUUGCUGUGCGAUAGAAAAGCAGGGUUUAUGCCGUGGGGUGGGGAGAAUUCGAUUAUUUGUGGAUAUACUUCUUUGGUACCUCCGUUUCCAGAAACUGAAGGAGAGGGCAAUGAUUGCCUCUUCAAUGGAGCUAAUUCAGCAAUUUUCCUUGCCCAUCGCACGUUCGGUGCGCCCUUCACUUCGGACUUGCCUCCGUUCUUGCACCAUGGCUCUUGCUACCUCUUCCCCUUGCGACCUUUCUGCCCCUUCGACAACACGUGACUCCCAGUCACAGGUUCUUCUUGGCUUGUCCGAGAAAGAGUUGCAACAGUUGGCUCUUGACUUGGGCCAGCAAAGCUAUAGAGGGAAGCAACUCCAUCAUCUUAUAUACCAGAGAAAGGUCAGAGAGAUCCAGGAUUUAUACCAGUUGCCUCGGGCGUUUCGGGAUGAUCUUCAGGAAGCUGGAUGGAGGGUGGGGCGGUCUCUUAUUUUUCGCAAUGUCACCGCAGCGGAUGGCACUGUUAAGUUAUUAUUGAAGUUGCACGACAACAGAUUGAUUGAAACUGUUGGUAUUCCUGUUGAAGGUGGUAAAGGUUCAGUUCGCCUCACUGCAUGUGUCUCAUCACAGGUUGGUUGCCCAUUACGAUGCACGUUUUGUGCCACCGGAAAGGGGGGGUUUUCAAGGAAUCUUCAGAGGCAUGAAAUUGUUGAGCAGGUUUUGGCCAUUGAGGAGGUUUUCAAGCAGAGAGUGACAAAUGUAGUUUUUAUGGGGAUGGGUGAGCCAAUGUUAAAUAUGAAGAGGGUACUGGAAGCUCACCACUGCUUGAAUAAGGACGUGCAAAUUGGGCAAAGAUUGAUUACCAUCUCCACGGUAGGAGUUCCAAAUACGAUAAAGAAGCUGGCGUCUCACAAACUUCAAUCUACAUUAGCAGUGAGCCUACAUGCUCCUAACCAGAAACUUAGGGAGUCGAUUGUUCCAAGUGCAAAAUCCUAUCCAUUGGAUGCCCUUCUGAGAGACUGCAAGGAAUACUUCCUUGAAACCAGCAGGCGGAUUUCUUUCGAAUAUGCUCUUUUAGCUGGAGUUAAUGAUUCAGUAGACCAUGCAAUGGAACUUGCUCAAGUACUCCAUGGAUGGGGCCAGGGCUAUCACGUGAACUUAAUACCUUUCAAUCCAAUAGAAGGAUCAGAGUAUCACCGUCCUUAUAAGAAGGCAGUGCAGGCAUUUGUUUCUACUUUGGAGUCCUUAAAAAUAGCUGUCAGCGUACGGCAAACAAGAGGACUGGAUGCAAAUGCAGCUUGUGGUCAGCUGCGAAACAAUUUCCAGAAAGAUCCUUUUGUCACUGAUGAGGAUCUGACAUUAAGCCGUUAACUCAGGAGGUUAUGGUAUUAGCCUUCUCUCCAUGCAAUAUCAAGUUUCCGUCAAUCGGAUGGGGUAGAUGCUGGAUGAACAAGGUACGAGAAACAGAUUUGCAUGUUGGCUGUUACCAAUUGUGAGAUGAUAAGGAGAUGUCGAGGGACAGGCAUAUGGUUUGUUGACGACCGAGAUGCUUGAAGCGUGCAAGGCUUCUUUAAUUCAAGUGGUGGAUCCUUUAGGCACCAUAUAGUGACGUUUGGACCAUUGGAAAUUUUGGCCUAGCCUGAAGCGACAUGGUGAGGAGUGAGAAGUCAUGAGCUAAUCUCAUUCUUUGCUUGAGAAGUCAUGAGCAGCCUUGGAGAGAAUUUUAGGGUGCCAGAUGAGAUAACCAUGUGUAAUUUGAUAUUUUGCAAGUUGACCUUGCGCGUAAAAAUUAUCUGUACUGUUGUAUUCU